AUGUAUAGGCUAUCGAUAAUCUGCUUUUUUGUCACUCUUUCGUUAGUCUCUUUCUCUGCAGCACUCCGCGACACCAAACACGACCACUGGAACGAGCUGCGAGAUCUUAACUUGGAUUCCACCGAGAACCAGAACUCCAGAUUUCCAAUAGUCAUCGACACUUUCCAAAACCCCACACACAAUGACCUUGGAUACUGGCAUGGCUCAGGCGAGAACCUCACAGUGCAACAUGGCCAAGGCUUCAUUCGCUUGAUCCCAACCGACCCCGACCAGAACUUCCACACACAGUUCAAUACAAACCAGUGCUACAGUCUGGUGCCAUGGUUCAAUGAGUUCCUGCAUGUCGUGUUCGAAGGAACAGACCAAUUCAGCGUCUCUCUGAACCAACACAACGACGAAUGCAAUCCACACCGCAGCCCCUUCCCCAGCGUCGCAGACUCCGUCCAAGCAGAGCGAUACGUCAUGCAUCCCAGCUCCGAGGCAUCAGGUGGAGAAGGUGACCAUGACUGGGAGGAUGAUGAAGAUUGGGACGAGGACGAUGACCUCGACUCCGAUCACUUGAACGAGGGACAUCGCAAGCAUGGUCCCCGCAAAUCCAGCCACCCGUACAAGUACCAUAACGGAACUGCCAUCAUUCCACAAGGGCGUCGUGAGCUCUAUAUCCCACUCACUCAUUUCGAGAUUGAUUUCAAUCGCGUGGUCUCCUUCUCCUUCCAUGGUUUCUAUACCCAAGAGCCCAUGACGCUUCAUCGAGUGGAGAUUGUGCCAAGUGUUCCAGCGCCGUCUCAGGAGAAUGGUCACUUCCGAUUACCUGGGAAGCUCCCUAGUGGAAGACUUGUUCUUCGGUGCUCGCGUCCGAACUCGUUCGCAUUUGGGAUUGACGAUGGCCAGCCGCAGUUUUCGCAACAAGUCAUGCGUAUUCUGGACGAGGAAGGCGUGCGGGUCACGUUCUUUGUUGUUGGUGCUGGGCUGAGGGAGCGGUCGACUAAUUUCACGGCAUUCUAUAAGGAGAUGCUCCAGAAGGGUCACCAAGUUGCGCUGCAUUCAAAUACCCAUCCUAAGAUGGAAGCUCUUCGAACAAUUCGCGAGAUUGAUGAAGAGAUCAUACAAUCCGUGAAGGUCUUCAGAGAUCAAUUAGGAAUUGAGUCCUCGUAUUUCCGCCCUCCAUUCGGGACUGUAGCUGCUCGUCUGCGCCAGCAACUGGCACGACAUAUUCCAAAUCCAUAUAUUGUCAACUGGAGCGUGGACGUCGAAGAUUGGUUGUGGGCCAACACUUCUACGCCAGAGAAGCAGCUCGAUGCUUUCUACCGUGGGGUCGAGAAAGGUGGCAAUCUGGCUGUCAUGCAUUACCUGAACCCGACCACCAUUCAAUACCUACCGAAGUUCAUUAAGUAUAUCAAGUCGGCAGGAUACCAGAUCAUGCGCAUUGAUCAGUGUUUGGAGGAUGUGUCUGCUCCCCCGUUGUGA